GUGAACAACAAUGCGAACUCGAUUUCUGAGCAUCGACUACAAUGCCGCUCCAAUCCAAUCCCUCGGAACCCUAGACUUCCUCCGCUUCCCACUGCCUCACCUUCCUCCUUCCGUCCUCGCCACCACCGCCGAAGACAUCCGCUAUUGCUUCGAAGACGUGGCCGCUCUGAGCGCCUCUCUCGAAAUCCCGACGUUUCCGAUUGAUGCCGCUCUCUCCAAGUUUUUUUCCGACGUUCUUCCCGGCUUCAUCGAUGUUGAAGCUUCGGAGUUUGCGAACACUCGUUCAUGCUCUGGAGAAGAUCAUCUCGAUCAGCCGAGAAACUUUGGUCCUCGAAGCUGUGUGGAUAUUCAAGACACGAAGGAGAAAGAUGAUUCCCUUUUUGAUGGUGGGGCAGAAAAUGAUUGCGAAGCAGUAGAGUUUGAAAUGAUAGAGAUUGAACUAUCCCUGGAAAAUGCUUUCUUCUUCGAAGAAGAGAAGAUGCAGCCUUUCAUUGAAGUUCUCAAGGCUGAUAAUAAUAUUAUGGACAUGCUUGAUCCUGUUCUUAUGCCUCCGUAUCUCAAGAUUCUGGAAUCAUGUUGUUCAGUUGAUGACAUUGUGCCAGAGUAUUGUAUGGCGGAGGAGACUCUUCAGUUGGAUAGUGCUGGUUCUGCAGAGGACCGAGUUAUCCUCUUCCCACUUUUAGAAGUGGAUGAUAUUAGUUUGGGAAUUCUGACUGGCAUAUCAAUGGAGGAGGAACUUCUAUUUCUAGAAAAUAUUGAACCCCAAGCAUACCCACAAAGACAGGGAAUAAUAACUGAUGGCAAGGAGUUUUUCGGUUAUUUGGACAUAGACAUCUUUGAGUAUCUUGCAGAUCAUUGUCUAUCCAACCACUGUGUUGAAGCUGAGUCAGCUUGCUCAAGCUUCUCUAUGGAAAAGGAUCUAAUUAGCAUUAUUGAACUCUCACAUAAAGGUAAUUCUGAAUUUCAACUGGGGAUGUCAGAGGGUAAAUCUAUCUGGCCGGGGAUCAUUAAUUUUGAGGAAAUCCAGUUCCUUAAUUUUGACCCCUACCAAUUUCUGGAUGUCUUCUAUGAAUCUACUACUGUCUCCGAGGCAGAUACAUGUGAACCGAUGUUUGUAGAAGAUUCAAAAGUUUCAAAUUUUAAUGAAUUGGUUGUUAGUCUGGAGCUAACUCUGGUAGAUGAGACAUUUAAAUCGUUGCCUGUUCCUAUUCUUUCUGACCAUGAUAAGAUAAGGUCGCUGUCUAUGUUUGUUGAUGAAAUAUUAGCUGCUUUAAGGCCGCAGCCUCCUUCUGUGUCUGAUGGCAUAUAUUUGGACUGGCAUUAUCUGGGUGAAGAUUAUAGGAACUGUGACAAGUGCUCCUCUUGUUGGAGACGGGUGCUGGAUAUAAAUAAUUACGAUAUUGAUUCUGAUCCGAAAUCUAUUAAUGAUGGGAUGUGGAUUUUUGACUUUGUUUUCUCUGGUAAUACACCCAAUGGGACAGAUGGUGAGGAUGGCAAGGAAAUGUUGCCGUCUGGCAGCAUUUCACCAGUACAAAUGGACUUGAAUGACCUUGCUUCAAGUCAGUCGUUGAAUGAUGGAAAUGGAGAAGUCCUAUCUGACAUCAAUGCCAAGAGAAUUCCUACUUUAAUUGAAUCGAUAACACCAUUUAAUGAUCUAAAUUUUUUCUUAAAUCCACGGGAGGCAGCUGCAGGAGGAAGUUCAAAACAUGCAUCCAAGGCAUUUGAUGGUGACACCAUAUUUCCUGCAGUUUCAUCUACUAACAAAAUUGUGCCAUGUGCUACACCGCAGCACUGGGAGUUUAGGUUGCACGAAAUUAAGUUGUCUGAUGAUAUUCUGGAACUCAUUGAUAACUUCAAAAAGAGCUAUUUAGCCCUUUUUAGCAGUGGCACGGUGCUGGCAAAGACACAACACUCAAGUUGUGCUAUGGAUGAUACCAUAUUACUUGGUCUUCCAACAGAAAAGCUGAUGGAUUGCAUCAUGAAAACAAAUGCCACUUUGGAUCAUGGCGAUGAUAAUGUCGUGACAAUAAUAACACUGUGCAUAAUUAAACAGAUGGCUUGGUAUUUAUGUUAUUAUGGUAUCCAUACAACUUACCAGUAUAUGGAUAAACUGUGUAGAAGAUUUGAUUGCUUGAAAUUCAAAUUAAAUUUUAUCCAGACGUUGAUUGAAGAUAUGCAUGAGAAGGUAGAGACAGAUAUAACUAUAUCUCAUCCAUCACUGUCUGUCAUCCAGUCUAUCCUUCAGUCCAACAUUAACAACAAUGGUUUCAAAGUACUGAUUGUGGCUGAUCAAGUUUUCUGGUGGCAAUUGAAGAUGCUGUUAACUUCCAUGCGGAUAUCUUAUAAUGACCAACUAUAUUUUUUCCAGCAUGCAAGCGAACAUGAGAUGCAUUGCAACAAUGAUUUUGUAGACAAAGCAGAUGUCCUGCUUCAUUCAGAUUGCUGUUUAAUAUCCAAUGAGAACAUUUCUGCAUCAUUUCCCUUUGAAAAAUUCAGCAUUAUCUUGGAAUAUGGAGGUUCAUGUGGCCAAUCUAGAGUAUCUACAAUUUCCCCAAAAGUCAGCUUCCCUGGUCUUCAUUUCCUCAAGCUGAUACUGGAGGAGGCUAGUGCUUCCAAAGCUCUUUGUGACGGUGUUGACAUGCCCCAGAAUGUUGGAUUUAUGAAGCAGAAGUUGGAAGAACUGUUAAAUCUCGUACCUUGUGAGAAUAAAUAUGAUUUGGGAUCUCCAAGAGCUGCAGAUCAAGCAGAAGCUUUCUGUAUGCCUUUGCCAAUCCCAUGUAUAUCCUUGGCUAUGGGACGGGAGCAAAUUCCUGUCAAGAUGCCUUCCUUUCCAGAUAUGGUUGUCAUAGUUAACACGCAGAAUUUUGAUAAAGAAAUGAUAAUUUCCAGGAGAAGCACAUACCAAAAAAUUCUUGAAAUGGAGAAACAAGGAGCACAAGUUGUGGAGCGUGAUCUAAAACUGCCUGUGGAUGUUAUAAUUAGUAGUGCAAUUUGCUUGGUUUGGUAUGAUUGCCGAAACAUUAGAAAGAAAGCAACUCCUCCUGAUGACGGUUCUUCAAGCUUACCCUUGUGGAUUGAAAAUAUUGCUGCCAAUAUCUUAACCUCCCUGAGUUUUACUUUCAGCUCCUGCAUUCUGGUCUUUGAGGGUGAAAGCCGUUUUCUUGCUGCUAUAAUGGAAUCAUCAGAUGAACUGUAUGCCGCCGCCGCUAGCUUGAGAGUUGAACUGCAAAUCUUUUGUUCAUAUUCACCUGAAUUGACUGACGAGAUAAUAUUGAACUGUGUUAAAAGUGCUGCCAAAUUAACUAGACAGGCUUACCCAAAAAUGCCCGAAUCAGAAACUCUUGCAGAGUCCUUCCUUACGACAUUUCCUUCUAUUAAUCCUCUCUCAGCUCAUGCAAUACUGGCUUCGAUAGGCAGUCUUGCUGAGUUUCUUGAGUGGUCACAUGAGAACAGGAUUUGUGCACUCCAGAAAUAUCAUGUUUCAGAAGAAAGUAUAGCUUUAUUUAGUAGUUUGUGCAGAUACGGGGAGCGUGAGGACUCUAGAUCUGCAAUGACUGAUUGCUCUUCUUCUGUUUCUUCUGCUCACGAGUCAGAAAAUUGUUACCGCAAUACUAUCUCCACAAGAAAGAAAGCAAAGUACAUUAGCAAUCCUCACAAAAUUGAUGUGCCUAUGGAUGGGUUAUUUCAUUUUGACAUGCCAAAACAAUUUCCUGAUGGCAGCCUCAAUGAUCAAAGAUUUUCCAAGCAACAUGAUACUUGGAUACGUACUGGUGAUGAUAUAUUUGAUGACGAUGAAAGGCAUGGUGUAUCUCCCCGUAAUAAAUUGUUUCGUGAAAGAAGGGGUUCAGGACCUUCAAAUGUAGAUGCGAUGACGAAUUCUCCCAAUGCGUGCAAGCAGUUCGAUUCUCAAAAAUCAAGGAGGGAUAAGAUAUCAAAUGAGAUAGAAGGAACUGGUUGGCGUUUGGAUGACGAAUUGUUUUCUCCACAAGAGGCAUUUGACAUGGGUCUGAUGAACAAAUUGGAUUGCCACCUUGACAAUAAUUCUGUGAAUCUGCCAGAUGACAUGAUGGGUGAAGUUGUUGACAUUCGUAGUAUUUCUUCAGUACGUGAGGACUUCUCUUCUAUUGCAAACUCAGCAGACCUCUCAUGUUUGGCAAUUGAGAGUGAGAAGGAUCUUGCAUCAGGGAACUUCAGAGCUGCAAGAAAGUUGUCAUCCAAAAGUAGUUUCAUUCCUGAUUUUCCCACUUCUGCUGAGAUUAGUGUUGACUCCAACGUUCAUGUUUCUGUAAGAGAUGUAGGGCAAAGUUGGAGGGAAAGAAUUAAUAGACGUCCAAAUGCUGAUUUCCUCAAGAAUAAAUUGCCUGUAAAGGACCAAGACAAGCUUUUGAAGGAGGGUUCAGCUUGGAAAACUGCGAAAAAUUUCCCCCGUCUAUCACCUCGGGACAAGGAUAGGCAACAGCAUGGUGAAACAGCCCUCUUCAAAGCUGUUCACUCUGCUAAGCAACAGCAAGGAUCACCUUGGACAAUAGAAUUCCUUAACAGAAUAAGGGAAAAAAGCAGAUUGCUCCACCAGUCCCUUCCACGUGACAUAUCACCCCGUUGUUUUUCAUAUCCUGGUAAUAUGUCAAAGGUUGCUAAGAGAAAAAGUCCGUCGAUUCUUGACUUCUAUAGGUAUCAAGGGGGAUGCACUCCUAGGAAAGUUACUGAACAGAAGAGGCAAAGGCGAUCUACACAACCGUCAACUUCAUCCAAGAAUGAGAGGACUUCAGCAUCCUUUCUACCAACUUGGACUCCAGCUGAUAAGAGAGCUAGACAGAAACUGUCCUUUUCAACUGGUGGUGGAGGAGGCCAAAGUAAGCUGGUCUGGAGUGAUAAUGAUGCUCAGCUUAUGGAUAGAAGAUUUUACCAGUGACCUUGAAAUAGCAUGAAUUUUGGCAUCCACAUAUUGGGCAAUGCUGAAUGAUUUGUUUACCAACGCAUGGGCUGUGACAACAUCUAUUUGCAGCAUCCAUGCACUUCGCUUGUUGAGAGGAUGAACAACAAAGAUGAGAAAAAUGUUAUUUCCAAUGGGUCACUGACGUAGAUAGUAUGUUUCUCUGAUUGAACUUUGAUGUAAACUUCAAUCCCAGUGCAUGUAAGCUUUGUUUGUUCAGGCUUUUGUCAUAUCAAAAAAUGCUAAGUUCUUGGGUUUGGUACAGUUAUUAC